AUGGAAUCGUUAAAAGAUGAUUCGAACUCUAAUAUAGAUUGCCAGAAUGAGAUAAAAGCUCUUAAGGAAAUUUUUAAGGAACAAACAGAGAAAUUGGUUCAGACUGAAGCUGUUAAUGAACGUUUAAGGAACGAAUUACAAACAUUGCAGAGUACUCUUGAUGAUGCGAAUCAUCAGCUGGCUGCUUUCAAAGAAAGAAGAAAUGUAGAAAACGUUUUUACGAUGGAAAUGGCUGAUUAUGAAAAAACUGUAGAGAAAUUGCAAAAAGAACUGAAAUUUAUCAAAUCUGAUUGCGAAAUGAAACAAAAUGAGUUGGAUGAAAUAAAAAAAAAAGCUGAAGAUCUUCGUGCCGAAAAAUCAAGACUGUAUUCGAAUAUUACGAAAAUGAAAACUGCUUUAGUGAAGCUUAAAUCUGAAUUGAUCGAAAAAAAGAAGUUGCUAGAAAAUGCAGAAAAUGAAAACUCGGAUUUGAAAGCAGAAAUGGCGUCACAUUUUAAAGAAAAAAAUCUGGAAAAAAUGAAGUUGAAUUCUGUUAUAACGUUGAAUGAAGAAAAGAUACAACAGCUCGAAUCGAACAUAUCUUCUUUAAAUCGACAGUUAAUUUCUCUUCGAUCCCAAAGAGAAUCUUUACAACGCCAAUACGAUGAUCUGGCUUAUGAAUAUAAUACUUUCAAGACUCGCGCCUUGUACGUGUUGGAACGAAAGAAAAACAAUGGUUUAGAUGAAAGCGAUGGUAAAUUUGAAAUGCUUGAGGGCACAUUAGACCAACAACAAAAAACCAUCGAAAACAUGAAAAAUUCCAAUCGUUUGUUACAAGAUGAACUUUUUUCUCUUCGAGAACAAAACUUGGCCCUCACAGAAGAACUGCGCAAAGUUCAAGAACAAUUAACGACAAUCGGCGAAUCUUACCAGAAAAAAUUAUCUAUAAAACGCGACGAAUUCGAAUCACUGGUAGAAUCGGAAGCCAGACUCAAGAGAGAAUAUAAAACGCAGAUGGAAGCGAUUUCGCUUUCACAUUUAAGGGAAAAAGAAUGUUUAAUUGCUGAAGCAGAGCAAGAGCAACGACGUCUUGAAAAAGAAUUGGAAAAUGUGCGAAAAAUUCUCGACGAAUCGCAGAAAAAGAACGAUUUUGAACGAUGUAGAUCACCGUCCGAUUCCCAGUCUUUAAAUCUUCAGACCGUAGAGGAAAAAAUGCAGAACGCCAACAGAACAUGCCACCUUGAACCGGAAGGCAUUAGUGUAAUGAAUAUUAAUACUGAGAAUUUGGUGGAUAGACCUCUCCAGUAUGUUUUGUUUGAAGAUGAUGAGGGGAUGGAUUUUGGCGAAGAAGCAGCCAAUUGCAGUAACAUUAAUUUGUUGAGACAGGUGAAACAUAUGCGAGAAUUAUUGAAUGAGUCAGAAGCAACAAAUAUUCAUCUUCAUGAGCAAUUGAAAUUGUUGAAAAAUGAAAUACGCAGAAUGCAACGAAAUGAAGAGCGUGCUGACCAUCUGGCUAAUAAUGAAUAUCUUAAGAAUAUUAUUCUUAAAUUUGUUGCUCCAGAGAAAGUGAAUUCAGAACGUACUCAGUUGAUACCUGUGUUGACAACUAUGUUGAAAUUAAAUGCUGAUGAGAUGCAGUUACUUCAGAAUGUAGCUGAAGGUUUUGAAGAUUUCCUUUAUUAA